AUGGCUGCAUCUUGCUCUGCAUUUCCCUUCCUGGCGCAGUCGGAGUUUGAGGGUGCAUGUCAAGAUCUCGCCGAUCGAUGCACUUCAGCCCAAAAUAUUGACUGGUCCGCCAUUCGACAGCUCACAAAGGAAGCUCUCGUUCGCGCCAAACCCCAAGCCAGCUUACAGAUCGAUUAUGAUAUCUUGUUGUCCCCCACAUAUCAGGUCCCCGUCUUGUACUUCGGCCUCAGGUGGCACAACCACGGCCCACUCGGACUGGACGAAGUCUACCAGUAUGUCGUGCCGGAACAGUACAGGCAACAAUUGAAGAGUGUGGGUGUAAUGGGUGGGAUUAGUAUGGGUUACCAUCCUGACUCUGGCGCCCCGGCCUUUUUUGUCCACCCAUGCAACACUGCGGAUGCCAUGGCGAACAUUGCAGACGCACAGAACGUCACUCCUGGGUCAUAUCUCCUCAUCUGGCUUGGCCUUGUAGGUCAUUACGUGAACCUGCACGUCCCACGCGAGCUUUUUGCUUAG